AUGUCUGAUCAUAGUCCUUUACUGUUAAUGGAAGAUGAGAGAGAUAGGGGCCCCAGACCCUUUAGGUAUAUAAAUGCUUGGACUUUACAUCCAAAAUUCUUACCUUUUGUGGAAAAAUGGUGGAGAGAGCAUCAGGUGGAGGGAUGGGCUGGGUUUAGGCUAUUCCAGAAACUGAAAGAGUUGAAAAUAACACUUAAACAGUGGAAUAGUGAAGUUUUUGGCAAUAUAAAUACUAAGUUGAAGAAGGUAGAUGAUGAGCUUCAUAUGUUUGACUUAUUAGCAGAGGAAAGAGAGCUGGAAGAGGCAGAAAAACCAAGAAGAAGAGAGGCCAGAGUUGAAGCUUACAGUUUAACUAGAAUGGUGGAAUGGUUGUGGCUUCAAAAAUCAAGGCUCAACUGGAAUUUUAAUGAGUUUUCUGAGGCAGAGGUCUGGGGAGCUGUUAAGGGCUGUGAUGAGAAUAGGGCUCCAGGCCCAGAUGGGCUUAACUUGGCGUGCUUUCAGAAAUUAUGGAAGGUAAUGAAGUCUGAUGUGCUGAAUUUUUUGUCUGAAUUUCAUAAGAACUGUAAGUUGGUUAAAGGAAUUAACAGCUCUUUCAUCACUUUGGUGCCUAAAAAGGAGAAUCCAGUGGGGUUGGCUGACUAUAGACCUAUCACUUUUAUUGGAGAAAGGAACAUUCUGGAUGGUGUUUUGGUGGCUAAUGAGGUUGUUGAUAGUUGGAAGAAGUCUAGAAAGAAAGGCUUGAUCAUUAAGUUAGAUUUUGAGAAAGCUUAUGACUCACUGAACUGGGAGUUCCUGCUCUCCAUGAUGGUUAAUUUUGGGUUUGGAGGAAAAUGGGUUGAGUGGAUUGCGGUAUGUGUUACCUCAGCUAAACUAUCUGUGCUUGUUAAUGGCUCUCCAACUAAGGAAUUCAGUCCACAGAGAGGGCUAAGUCAAGGGGAUUCCUUGUCCCCAUUUCUGUUCAUCAUAGCUGCAAAGUGUUUCAGCAUUUUGAUGUCUAGAGCUUUGGAUCUGGGGCUGAUAAAGGGGGUGAAGAUUGGCUCUAAUGGGUUAGUUCUUACUUAUCUUCAAUUUGUAGAUGAUUCUCUGUUAUUGUGUGAAGCUGAUGCACUGGAGUACCUUGGUUUACCGCUGGGAGCUAACCCAAGUAGGAAAGCAACUUGGAGACCUGUAUUUGACAAAUUUAGAAGUAAACUAGCUGGUUGGAAAAGGAAACUUUUGUCAUUUGCUGGGAGACUCACUUUGAUUAAAUAUGUCCUUUCCUCUCUGCCUCUUUAUUACCUGUCAAUGUUUAAGUUGCCUCAGGGGGUUACCAGAGAUUUAGACAAGCUUCAAGCUUCGUUUCUCUGGAGUGAAUCUGAAUUGAAGAAGAUGGUCCACUUAGUAAAAUGGAAGGAAGUAGCUAAACCUGUUGACCAAGGGGGCAUGGGGGUUAGGAGAGUUAAGGAGGUUAACAAAUGCCUUAUGUUGAAAUGGUGGUGA